UCGAGCGGUCGCGUAGUUGCUGCAGCCGCCGCCGCCGCCGCCACAUUCAACAGGCAGCAGCGUCGCGGUAGCGCCGCCGGAGAGAGCAAGCGGCCCGCGGCGUCCGUCAGUCCUUCGGUGCGCGGGCCGUGUCAGCGGGAGCGCGCCGCUGCCCGGGCCCGGCGACUCCGGCCUGCCGUCCCGUCAGUGCAGAGGACCCGGAGGAGUCUAGAUGUUGAUGGACCCGCGAAGUUAAGUUCUGGGCUCGCGCUUCCACUCUGCCGCCGCGCCUUCCUCCCGGUUUCCGUCCGCUUGCAGCAAGGACCUCGCCCCCCCCACCCCCCAAAUCUCGGACCCUCUCUUGGCGCCCUCUCCCCUGGGCCUCCUGUGUUACGCUCUCGCACUUGGCUCUCCCGCGGCUGGGGGAGGGGCGGGGGUCACCAUGGCCGAAGCGCCUCAGGUGGUGGAGAUUGACCCGGACUUCGAGCCGCUGCCCCGGCCGCGCUCGUGCACCUGGCCGCUGCCCAGGCCGGAGUUUAGCCAGUCCAACUCGGCCACUUCCAGCCCGGCGCCGUCGGGCGGCGCGGCCGCGAACCCCGACGCCGCCGCGGGCCUGCCCUCGGCCUCGGCGGCCGCUGUCAACGCCGACUUCAUGAACAACCUGAGCCUGCUGGAGGAGAGCGGAGACUUCCAGCAGGCACCCGGUUCCGUGGCGGCGGCCGCGGUGGUGGCGGCGGCGGCAGCGGCCGCCGCUGCUGCCACCGGGGGGCUGUGCGGGGACUUCCAGGGCCCGGAGGCGGGCUGCCUGCACCCGGCGCCGCCGCAGCCCCCGCCGCCCGGGCCGCUGUCGCAGCACCCGCCCGUGCCCCCCGCCGCCGGGCCGCUCGCAGGGCAGCCGCGCAAGAGCAGCUCAUCCCGCCGCAACGCGUGGGGCAACCUGUCCUACGCCGACCUCAUCACCAAGGCCAUCGAGAGCUCGGCAGAGAAGCGGCUCACGCUGUCGCAGAUCUACGAGUGGAUGGUCAAGAGUGUGCCCUACUUCAAGGAUAAGGGCGACAGCAACAGCUCGGCGGGCUGGAAGAUACUGAUGUUGGCUGUUGCUGUGAGAUGUCGGGAGAGGGGCCUGUGUAGGACCUGCUUCGUCCUGAGUAACCUGACCUGGCUUGGAGAGCCUGCGUCUCCUUCGUCCUUCAGAGAAGAAGAGGGCACGGUUCACAGAGCACCUGGGCUUCCCAAGAAUUCAAUUCGUCAUAAUCUGUCCCUACACAGCAAGUUCAUUCGUGUGCAGAAUGAAGGAACUGGAAAAAGUUCUUGGUGGAUGCUCAAUCCUGAGGGAGGCAAGAGUGGGAAAUCCCCCAGAAGAAGAGCCGCAUCCAUGGACAAUAACAGUAAAUUUGCUAAGAGCCGAGGCCGAGCUGCCAAGAAAAAAGCAUCCCUGCAGUCUGGCCAGGAGGGUGCUGGGGAUAGCCCGGGAUCUCAGUUUUCUAAGUGGCCUGCAAGCCCUGGCUCUCACAGCAAUGAUGACUUUGAUAACUGGAGUACAUUUCGACCUCGAACUAGCUCGAAUGCUAGUACCAUUAGUGGGAGACUUUCUCCUAUUAUGACCGAACAGGAUGAUCUUGGAGAUGGGGAUGUGCAUUCUCUGGUAUACCCACCAUCUGCAGCAAAGAUGGCUUCUACUCUGCCCAGUCUGUCUGAGAUAAGCAAUCCUGAGAACAUGGAAAACCUUUUGGAUAAUCUCAACCUUCUCUCAUCACCAACAUCAUUAACUGUUUCAACCCAGUCUUCACCGGGCACCAUGAUGCAGCAGACACCAUGCUACUCAUUUGCGCCGCCCAACACCAGUCUGAAUUCACCCAGCCCAAACUACCAAAAAUACACGUACGGCCAAUCCAGCAUGAGCCCCUUGCCCCAGAUGCCUAUGCAAACGCUUCAGGACAACAAAUCGAGUUAUGGCGGUAUGAAUCAGUAUAACUGCGCACCGGGACUCUUGAAGGAGUUACUUACUUCUGACUCUCCUCCCCAUAAUGACAUUAUGACACCAGUUGAUCCUGGGGUGGCUCAACCCAAUAGCCGGGUCCUUGGCCAGAAUGUGUUGAUGGGCCCUAAUUCGGUCAUGCCAGCCUAUGGCAGCCAGGCAUCUCAUAACAAAAUGAUGACUCCCAGCUCCCACACCCACCCUGGACAUGCUCAGUCCACAUCUGCAGUUAACGGGCGUGCCUUGCCCCAUGCGGUAAACACCAUGCCCCACACCUCGGGUAUGAACCGUUUGGCCCAGGUGAAGACAGCUUUACAAGUGCCUCUGCCCCACCCCAUGCAGAUGAAUACCCUGGGGGGCUACUCCACCGUGAGCAGCUGCAAUGGCUAUGGCAGGAUGGGCAUUCUCCACCAGGAGAAGCUCCCGAGUGACUUGGACGGCAUGUUCAUCGAGCGCUUGGACUGUGACAUGGAGUCCAUCAUUCGAAACGACCUCAUGGAUGGAGACACGUUGGAUUUUAACUUUGACAAUGUGUUGCCCAACCAAAGCUUCCCCCACAGUGUCAAGACGACAACACAUAGCUGGGUGUCAGGCUAAGAGUGAGUGAGCAGGCUACACUUAAAAGUACUUCAGAUUGUCUGACAGCAGGAACUGAGAGAAGCAGUCCAAAGAUGUCCUUCACCCUACCUUUUCGUUUUCUUGAUUUAAAAAAAAAAAAAAAGCACGUUUCUUUUUUCCUUUUGUCAGACUUGGCAGCAAAGACACUUUUCCUGUACAGGAUGUUUGCCCGAUGUUUGCAGGUUAUGUGCUGCUGUAGAUAAGGACUGUGCCAUUGGAAAUUUCAUUACAAUGAAGUGCCAAACUCACUACACCAUGUAACUGCAGAAAAGACUUUCGGAUCCUGGUGUGCUUUCAAGUUUUGUAUAUAAGCUGUAGCUACAGAAUUGUAUUUGUGUGCGUUUUUGUUUUUUUUAAAUAUCCAUUUGGUCCAAGGAAAGUUUAUACUCUUUUUGUAAUACUGUGAUGGUCUCAUGUCCUUGACAAGUUAAACUCUCGUUUGUACUGCCUGUGCUCUGCUGAACUGACGAAUCACGAAGAACUAGGCUCUCCAUUCUGCACCUCCAUGGACAGCUCUGGGCCUGUUAACAUUGCCACAGAAUUCACCUGGGAACCAGUGGCCUGUUAGCAAUCUGCUGAAAUAAUGGACUUAAAAAACUCUUUUGGGGGAAAAGAUUAACGCCAGCCUUGUACAGGUCUUUUCUAUUUUUUUUUGUUUAUUUUGUUAUUUGCAAAUUUGUACAAAGACUUAAAUGGUUCUAAUUUCCAGAUAAAUGAUUUUUGAUGUUAUCUUUGGGACUUGAGAUCAUUUUUGGAAUAGAUACUGAACUGUAAUGUUUUCUUAAAACUAGAGUCUACUUUGUUACAUAGUCUGCUUGUAAAUUUGUGGAAUCCCAGCUAUUUGAGGCAGCAUCCGUAAUUUUCAUUUUGUAUUUCUAACUGGAUUAGUACUAAUUUUAUACGUGCUUAACUGGUUUGUACACUUUGGGAUGCUACAUGGUGAUGUUUCCGACUAAUCUUAAAAUCUUUGUAAUUAGUACUUGCAUACUCAACGUUUCUGGCCCUGUCUUGGCAGGAGAAUCAUGUAUAGUUACAGACAUUUUGCGGUUCACGUUUAGAACUUGAUGUGUUUUUAUGUAUGUAUUUUAAAGAAAUCCCAUCUGCUUCUGCUGUCCUGUGAACUGAGCAUACCACAUAGCAUUGAAUCUGCUGGUCGAUGCCUGUAUGCUCACUGUAUCAAAUACUCCCGGGGGGCCUCGUAACAUUCAUAGGUCAGGAGGGGAGAUCUGCAUCUAAUCAGUGCUGCUUUCUCAAGCUGGGCAUUUUGAUCGACUUAACCUUUUUGAGUUGAGCUUCAGCAGAAGUUUUCCCUCGUUAUUCUGUGCUCUUACUGUCUUGGUGGAGGUUGGUUUUGUAUCUCUGCCUUGAGGAAUUAUGUCCACACUCACACUUAUCCCUCUUUGCCUUCUGUCCUGCAGAUUACUUGGCACUCUGUGGAAAGUUAAAUUGAAGGGGGGGAAAUUUUAAAAUGGGACUUGAGUGAUUUGUAGAUUGCUUUGUGUUCAUGAGUACAGAUGGCUACCAAAUGGAGUAGAACCUGCUUAAAAACUGGGGCAAUGAAAUUGAAAACCAACAAAACAACCGUGAGUUGUAUAUUUGAAUUUAUUUUCAAAGCUUUUGCAUUAAGAAUUGGAGACUUUUCUCUAGCCUUUAGCAACCUAAAGUAUGAUUCUGCUCAUUAUGUGAUAUUUUCCAAUUACCUGUAACUGACAGACCAAGUUAAUUGACCUUGUGUCCCACUGAAUCCAUCAGUGUUUUCAAGUCAUGUGGAAUGCCCAGAGUCAGCACAGUAAAAGGAACAGGUGCACAAAAAUGUUCCUCCUCCCUCCUUGAGAAGGCUCUGAUUUCUGUGUACUUAGCCCACAUCACACUUGCUUUGUCUUGCCCGUGAAUUGCAUCUCUGUUGGCCUGGCUUUUCCUGCAUGUUUAACAAGGACACAAGUGUUCUUGAUGGGUUUCCUACAGGAGGUGAGCUCUGUUGUAAGCCUCCAUUGUGACUUCUACUCUUUUGAAAAUUCAUUAAACAACCACCUCUCUAACCAUCUUCAUUGUUGGCCACUCCAAAAUACACCUGGUUUUAGAAACCCUCGUUCCCCUGAGCAGUGCCUCCUCCUGCACUCGUGCUCGAACUUUCUGGGGCCAGAGUGCUCGUGUUCUCUGUUGUGACCAUGUCCCACCACUCCCCUCUGCCCCGGCCACCACACAUGAGCCUCCCCGACCCUGUCGUUUAUUGAAGAGGCAACUCUAGCUAAAAAUCACUGUUAAAAAUCUUACUACUUCAUAGGGUGACUUUUAAAGAGAUGUUGCUUUCUCUUGAGUCUGUGUAAAUAUCUUUUGCUUUUUCCCUUCAAAUUUUUCUUUAUGUUGCAAUUCUAACGGGAAUGCUGGGUAGCUCUCUGGGGUACAGUGAAGUCCAGUGAAAGGCACCUUGUCUAUUUUGAAAACAAACAUUAUGUGACCUCUGGCAAUUCUUUUUCUGUACGAAUACUGAUUUUCUGGAGUAAUGAGUAUAUCAGUUAUUGUACAUGAUUGCUUUGUGAAAUGUGCAAAUGAUAUCACCUAUGCAGCCUUGUUUGAUUUAUUUCCUCUGGUUUGUACUGUUAUUAAAAGCAUAUUGUAUUAUAGAGCUAUUCAGAUAUUUUAAAUAUAAAGUAUUGUUUCCGUAAUAUAGAUGUAUGGAAUAUAUUUAGGUAAUAGAUGCAUUACUUGGAAUGUUCUGCUUUGACAAACUGACAAAGUCUAAAUUAAUUAGCAAAUAUUAUAUCCCAGCGAGCAGUAUAUCAGUAGAAUAUCCCAAGAAGAGGAGAAAGACAUUUAAAAGUGUGUAAUUUGGACUUGUUCCGCUGCUGGAUAUAUGUUACCAACCUCCCCUUCCCCCUCGAUCCCCAAUCCCCAACUGGAAAUUCUUAUAUUCGGCUCCUAAGAGUUCUUAAUUUAUAACUGACUUUUAAAUGGGAAGUUUUUCUUGUGGUUUUAGUUUGGGAGUAAUCAUUCAGUAGAAGAUGCAGUGUGGUUUAUGCAAACAAAACAGCCUAGCAUUACUCUUGGCCUCCUCCCUGCAGGGGGUGCACAGCCCGGCCACAUGGCCAGGUGCGGCCACGUCAGUCCUGCCAGGACACAGUCCCGCCCUCCCACACUUGGCUCCUUGAGUUGAGUAACAGUGCAGAUUUGAUGUUCCCGUUCCAGUACUCUCUGAGAAGUGCCUGACGAUGCUGAUAUACUUAAAGACACGAGAACAAUCUUUGCUAUUAUUGUAUAAAGCCAUAAAUGUACAUAAAUUAUGUUUAAAUGGU